ACCUUUGCCGCCGCCGUUCUUGCGCCUUCUGUCCGUGUGAAUUAUACCCUGGAUACGACCACUGACCCCUACAAGAUUGAGGCUAGUAUGCACACUCUCAGCUGCCCGCUUAUUGUCCACAUUUAUGUUGAAGAAUUAAAGGCAUACGCUGUUGGCCGAAAGGCUAAUCAGGCCGGAAUUAAUUCCCCGGUGUCUACCACACCUUCGACAACAACCGCUAUCGACGCCAUGAGACUUAACCAAAACACUCUUGAUUCCCUGCCACAGCCAGACUGUGGGCCCCUCUUGUCACUUGAUGGGUACACAAACCAGUCUUCCACGAGUGAUACAAUGAAGUCUCUGCUCAAUGCCAUAAUGCGCACUGUUCCACCUGUCACAUCUUCGUCUGAAGAGGUCGGAGACCAGCAUAUCACUGAACAGUCAUCUCACCAGGAGCAGAAUCAGCGGGAGCAGGAGCGACCUCACGACUUCUGCCACUUGGACCUCAUGCAUCCCUCACCUGCCGCCGGCAACUCUUCCAUUCCCUUCCCUGUGGUGUUGGGUACACCGGAGAACACACAACCGGCAGGCCCACCCGACUUUCACUUUUCUGGAUCAUCGCCCGUUAGCUACUCUCUCCUUCUGAAUGAGGACUCAUCCUCGCUGGGUGCUGUGAUAACCGGGUUGUCGCGGCGUUCAGGAACGGAAACGCUUCAGCCAGCCGGUGGGGAGAUUUCUCUCUCAGAUUCUCUGGCUUGUAAGAAGUUAUCUGCUUUGCACAAAUUAUCCACUGUGACUACUCUCCUGAUUUCAAGGCUGAUUUUUAGAUCCACACGCCAGCGUGAUGGUGCCCGGACGGCGGCCUACGCAUGA